UUUAAUAUUGAUUUAUAUUAUUUAUAACAACAUUAAGAAUUAAUUGCCACCGCCGUUUUGAAAUAUACGGAACAUUUCGUCCGCGAAUUUUAAUUUAAACGAGUUCUCGGACGAAUGUGAAAUUAAUAUUUCCUUAAUGAAAGUAUCGAAGAGAAUUAAUCGUUAUUUUUCAUGACUUUUUAAUCAUGAUGUUUCAUUCGGCUAUCUCGAUUCAUUUUGUUUCGCUAACAGAAUUGCUUUGACUUACAUACUGCUUUCCUUAAUUCGUUUGAUAUGUUAAUUAAUUCUUAUUUAUAAUGUUAUAUUAGAUGAAAAGCACUUUCAGUUUUAUUUGCAUCUCCGUAAAAGUAAUUGCAAGCAGUCAAGUCAGUCAUAUUCAAGUUUUAAUACGCAUUUCUGACGCUUUAUCGCGCAUUAAUCUUCGUCCUAAAUACGGACGAGUAUGCCCGAUCAUUAAUUCGGUAAGCCUUUGAUGAUCGCUCGAAAUAAAUCAAAAUCAGACGCCUGCAGACGCGCGGCGAUCGACAUGUAUUAGCUCGGGAUUCCUCUCGGUUGAAUCAUCCGUCGCGAUAAUCGACUGAUAAUUAAUAAUUCAUUCGAUCUAUUCCAUCGAGACGAGCCAUUAAAGAGGCCCGUUCGAUUAAGACAGCGUCCUUUCGGCGAACAGACAUUACUGACCGUUUAGACCGCUCGAUUUGGUCGGGCGAUCCGGAACGGCAGGAUGCAAUUAGCAGUGCUUGGAAAGUUACCUUCGAAGCUUACGUCCGAUCGCCAAAAAGUGCACACGCGCACCGUCACGCGAAAUCAAAUCUCAUUACCCGCAACCCGUUCAGUUCUUCAUUGUUAUUUCUACUUGGCGAUUUCAAUUGCGGCUCAUCAAAGUCAGCCGCUGUCCGCGAUCAUCUCUAUCCGGCAGAGGCUAUCAAAAUUAAAUCCGAAAGGUGCAUUAAUAUCUGUCAUCAUCGCUCUGUUGCUAUUGUCGUAGCAGCCGAUCUCGGCGAUCACGGUAUAAGUCUAGACGAUCGUAAAGAGUUUUCCACUGUGAGAAGUGACUCACUGCGAUCGUUGUUGAGGACACGCUUUGCGUUGCAACGCGAGAUGGUAAAUCAGGUAAAUGAUGCAUCGAGCGUGAAUGCGCGUCGGAGAAAGUGCCGGGGACAUUGAAAACGUUCGCGGUGACCAACCGCAGUGGCAUAACUGUACAAUGAAAAUACAUAUUUUCUUCGUAGAUUUCACUUUCUGUGUCAGGCCACGGUUUGUAGAGUGUUAUUAUAUCGCAUUAUCGUAACGAAAUCAUGUAACUCGACCAAUCUUUAAUUCACGUAAUGAAACGGCAAAUAUCUUAGUUUGAAAUCUUCGUUAAAUUUAAAUAUUCCUUGAUUAGGGAAUGUUAUUAAAAAAUAAUUGUGUUAAAGAAAUUAUUGUAAUAGCAAAGGAGAAUAAUUUAACAAAUAUCGUUAUGUGUAAAAGAUUCCAAACAUUGCAUGUGAUUUUAAUAUUUGAUAUCGUCGGCAGGAUAAAGAUUACAGUCUCGUAAUCCAGCAAAAACUGAGUGUUAUCAACUGGUAAAAAUACCUACCUAAUUUCAGCUAUCUCGCGGUGGGCUUUCAUAAAGACGAGCAAAGGAGACGAGGAAUGCAAAAAUAGACGCAGGAGAGCCGCUUAUAUAGAGCCGUUCCUCCGCGACCCGCUCGAUAACUCAAUUGUGGCGAUUGCUGGAGAAAGAACGUGCAAGCUAAAAUGCUGCUUCAACGAAAAAAUUUAAAUUUAUUUAAAUUUUAUCCUACCAGGGCGUUCUCAUUAAUAGUUAAUGAAGCUAGAGCCGUCUGCGGAUAUUUUACACGGCAGAAUAAAGUGUGUUGAGUCCUAAUAUAUAAAGAUAUCCAUUCAUUUCCGUGAGUUUUUAAUUGUCACAACAAAAAUGUAGUCGCUCUCAAUUUUAUCUUUAUAAUGAAUGCUUUAAACGUGCAUUUUUUUCCAAGACUUGGCCGUGCCUUUUCCCCAACGAUCGAUGAUUACGUUCCCGGGGCGACACUUGUGACACCAAAUAUAAAUUUAAGAGUUUCCUUCUCAGGCAGGGGUGAACCCAAUUUUCGUACGAUCGAUUACCUGACCUUGAAAACGCUACGUUCGACAGACGAAAGGAACUUGAAAGCUAUUCUCGAGGUCGCUCGAAUAUAUUUUGCUUGAUUAUUAUUUAAUUGCCGAUAAAUGGGAUAAGCUUUCAAAAGUGUGGCCGCGGAUCGUUAAUUAUUUAUUUCGUUUGAAAAGAGAUAAUUGAAGUGCGUGUAUAAAAUAUAUCGGUAUACUCCUGGACGCGAAGUGAAUUUUAUGACAACGCCUGCAGCCUGCAGAAACGCGAAAUCUCUCUGGAAUACCAGCGGGCUAUAUGGAUGUUUCUGUAAUUACGUUACUAUCGAGGCAUUUGUGUUAUUAUAGUUAGAGUCUUCCUCCGAGAUCUACGUUCCUGAGAAAGAUGUUGUUUUCGUCCAAAAAUAUAUAAACAUUUCAUUUUGCCUACCUCAAGAAACGAGGCUUUCGUGACAACGAGAACGCUUCUCGAUCUUUCCCGUAGGGUCACUUUAUCACCCGAACGAUCGAUGUUAUGCUGUGUACCAGGCAGAGUUUCGCAAGCAUAAAAAAUCAGAAGCGUGCAUUAUAGUUGGUCGGAACAAGAGAGAAAGAGAGAAAGCGAGAGAGAGAGACAAAGUAGGGAAGUCGCAGGGGGAGCGUUUCGAGUGGCCCAUUUCUCUUAUCACGAUAAAGCCUGGGCUUGGCUUGGCACGAUCAUCACGGAAGCCGACGCUCGGGGUGAUUCACUUUUCAAUUGCGAUUCGUUACGAUCGUUCUCCAGUCGCGGAUCUGUCAUCGUCAUGAGUACAACAAUCGCAAGCUCGCUGUCACCGCCGCCGUCGUCUUGCUGUGACUACCAUCGACAUGGAUGAUCCAACACCGACCAACAACGGGGUCAGUAGAAUGGAGCUGGUGACUCGAGCGUCGUUGAGUUCGCUGCAGAAGGAGGACGACGGCCGCAUCAUCUCUCCCAACAGCUUUGAGGAAUGGACGUGGUCUGGUCUGAGGAAACAAUUCAAAUACAAGAACCUAGAAAAGCUGUACACGAUCUAUCACAGAAGAAUACAAUAUGGUUACCUCUCGAUAUUCAUCUUGCUACAACUGCUACUUGGAUUUACGUAUUGCUUGUGCCUGAUCUUAACGGUCGGCAUGAAGGAAUGCUUGGUGGACAUCGUAGUCUAUUGCAUCGUGGGCGCUCUGCUGUGUCCAGUGAUCGCCCUAUCGUUCCGAUCGAGGCACAUCGCCAAAAACACCUAUUUGCCGGUCAUGCUGUCCUGGAUGAUCAUCGUGCUCUUGGUCGCUUGCGAUCUGACCAUACCUCUGUUUUACGUCUCCAUUUACACCGAGGGUAUCCCACCGAUAAGACCGGCGUACGCGACGCACUCGCUUCUCGCAUGCUACGUGUUCCUGCCGAUCACAAAGAAUUCGCACGCUCUCGUGCUCGGCCUUACGGCCAGCAUGUGCUAUCUGGCGACCCUGUCAAUAAUCACCUACAGCAACACGUCCGAUUACGUUACCAAGAUCGUCAGCGAUGCGAUAUACUUCGUGUGCGUGAACGCUCUGGGACUCUACUUCAGGUUCAUGAACGAGGUCGUCAUCAGGCGCUCCUUCCUGGACCGUCGGAAAUGCGUCGAGUCCACGCUCAGGCUCAACUAUGAGAAGGAUCAAGAAGAGCAAUUGACGCGGAGUAUACUGCCGCAACACAUAGUGGCGAAAAUCAAAAAGGACUUCCGGGAUAUUUUCAAAUUUAUAGAGGAGCACAAAAAGAGUCCUCCGCCGAAAGGCAGGCCGUACAGCGAUUUAUGCGUGGAGACGCACGAUAAUGUGAGCAUCCUGUACGCGGACGUAGUGAACUUUUCCGGACUGACUGUAACACUACCGAUACGAAAACUCGUGGAGACGUUGAAUGAUCUAUUCGGCAGCUUUGACGAGGCGUCCGAGAGGCACAAUGUACUGAGAAUCAAAUUUUUAGGCGACUGUUACUACUGCGUGAGCGGCGUGCCUACUCCAAAUUCCCAACACGCCAAGAGCUGCGUCGAUCUCGGUCUCGAUAUGAUAAAAAUUAUCAACGAGGUGAGGGCGCGAGUCUAUCGCGAGAGCGGGGUGGACGUGAACAUGAGGAUCGGCGUGCACUCGGGCAACAUAAUAUCCGGAAUCCUGGGCACGAACAAGUGGCAAUACGACGUUUGGUCGCGCGACGUGGUGAUAGCGAACAAAAUGGAGCAGACCGGGAAGCCCGGUAAGGUCCACGUGACUCAGCAAACGCUGGAUCUCGUGAACGCGAGCGACUACAACUACAUGCCGGUCGAAAGGUUGGACGACGAGGUCCUACGAAAAUACGGAAUACGCAGCUACCUCAUCACGCCGUCUUUGCCGGAAACGCCGAUGCCGUCGCGCGAGAACAGUUUGAAUGCCAUUAGUCCGGACACGCCGCCACUGUCGUACACCACGUCUAACAAGCACUAUGUCAAGUUCAACAAUGGACGUACCAACACCAUUAUCAGCACCAAUUCCAGAACGAGGAUGAUGAUGAACAAUCAGGCGGACAUUUUCGCAAGCACUUACAGACGGAGAACGCACUUCAUGGAUUCUUGUCUACGAGAUUAUCAUCUGAUGUUGAAGGCGGCGGACGCCGAGAUGGAGAACGCAAUUAAUCAGAUGCCUCUCAGCAAAUGGGAACAGUGGAGCAACUGGAAGCACAUAAAUCCACUCUUUCUGACAUUUCGGCAGUGGAGUUGGGAGAUUCCAUUCCUGCGCGAACCGGACCCGGUCUUCAAGUUUUACAUCUGCUGCUCUGCCUUCGUGCUUGUCUUCAUGGGAUUCAUGUAUCUCGUGCCCACGUUUAUGCUCUCUCAAUGGCAUCUGAGCACGUUUGUCGGUUACUCGUUGACAUUAAUGUUCCUGAUCGCUUUAAUACCUCUCACGUGGAUGCACUUCGUGUGGAAUCGCUGCAAGGACCCGCAUGACGAGCACGAAGGACACGUUCCGCAUCCACGAAACAAACUAUUGUAUUUUUUUUAUCAAACAAGUGUAAAGGUUGUAUGGAGUGCCCUUUUAAGGACGAUCUUGUACCUGGUGAUUACGAUAAUGUUAGCAGCAUGCGCCAUGCUUGAUAUGAUUUUUGAAUGUGAAAACGUGGACCAUUUAUUAGACGAUAAUGUAACGUCCAGCGUAUCGGGAGUCGGCUUCACCAAGUUUGACUGCAUAUCUACACCUUGGCAAAUGACGGAAACCUGCUCGUUGGCGAUUCUCACGAGUUUCCUCUUUCUGAGGGUCCACUACGCUUUAAAAUUCGUGAUAAGCAUCUGCGUGGUAGGCUUCUACGCGUGGAACGUUUGGCUGCAUCGAGAUAAUAUAUUUAAGUCGAGCGACACGUGGAAUCCUCAGAUGGAACCGAGACUGGCGCAUAUAUUGACCAUAUUGUUUCUCACGUUCUCUUUGCACCUCAUCGAUCGUCAGGCAGAAUACCUGAGCAGGCUGGAUUAUCAAUGGAAACGUCAGCUAACGAAGGAACAGGACGAGGCGUUUCACACGAGGAAUGCCAACAAGCUUCUGCUUCGUAACAUCUUGCCGGAACACGUCGCGGAGUUCUAUUUGAACAUGAACCGAACAGCGGAGAACGAGCCUUAUCACGAGGCUCACAACAACGUCGCCGUGAUGUUCGCCUCUCUGACGGAGCUGUCGAUCAUCGAAAGUAACAUCCUUAGCGAUCUGAACGAAAUCAUUUGUGAAUUCGACAAGCUGCUCUUUGAGCCUUGCUUCAUGUGUCGCAUAGAGAAGAUAAAGGUCGCCGGAACAACUUAUAUGGCAGCGUGCGGAUUGGAAGCGCAUCGACGCGAUUCGAUGCACAGCACCGAGAGCGACGAGAGUUGCAGCGACAAUGUGGUCAAGGUGAUGGCGCAAUUCGCCGUACAAAUGAUGUCCGUGCUCGAUAGAAUGAACGCGAGGUCGUUCACCACGUCGAAACCUCACAAAUUAAGAAUCGGUAUUUCUCACGGGGAGGUGACGGCCGGUGUUGUGGGGGCUCAGAAGCCGUUAUACGAUAUCUGGGGUGAUGCCGUAAACAUGGCUUCCAGAAUGGACACUACUGGACUACCAGGGAAAAUACAGGUGACAGCGGAUACGGCUACCGUCUUGGAACAGCAAGGUGUCAAGUGUCAUCUACGCGGUGAGACGUACGUCAAGCCGAAAGGAGAGGUCAUGACGUAUUUUGUAGGAGUCGACGAAAAUGGAAGAUUGGAAAGAGUGGAUGCGGGGGAAGAGAGUACUAGUUUGUGACGAACAAUGAACGAUAACUCCAAGUAACUUAUUUAGCGAUCGAGCUCUUCCGAUCGACAAACUGAUUAAAGCGUGCAGGGUGUAGUCGAACAGUCGCUGUCAAUAUCUCAUUUCUAAAAUCAGGAACAAAUUACGAUUAAAGAUUAAAAAUGUGAGAAGAAUUUUUUAUCUCUAUUCAUAGCCAAUUGAGUUUAAUUUACGGAGUACUAUUUUGUGUUUAAGAAAAAAUAUGUAUUUAUUUUUAUUGUUGACGAGAUAAAUCACUGUGAAACUUUUAACAUAUAAUUUGACGUAAUAUUCAUAGAAAAAAGACUUAUUUAUAUAAUCAUUUAUAUAAUCUAUAUCAUAUAAUACAUUAAUAUUUACUUUUAAUGUAAAUAAAGAUAUAAAGCUGAAGAUAUUAUGGGAACAUAAGAAGCGACUUACGUUAUAGCUACACCCUGUAAUGCUUGAGCGAGCGGAAGCGGAGAAACCAAAGAAAGUGAGAAAGACCAAAGAACGCGGGGCACCAGAUGACAGUAAAAUGCCGUAAGGGGAUAUACCUCAAAUGAUUUAGGUUGUAUAUGCGAAAACGCGAUAACAGCAUCAUUAUUUCCGCGGACCUAUUGUUAUCGCCGAAUAACACUUUUAAUCAAAAUGAAAGAGACUAUAUAUACAUAUAUAUAUAUACGUAUAUAUACUGUACGCAAUUAAAAUUACGACGAUGAGUAUUAUGUCCGAAAAUGAACACAAAGAAAGAUAUCCGCAUCAAGCCGCGUUUUACGUGAUACACUGUAAUUAAUUGCUAUUAUCGGAUUGACUCGAUUUCCACGUAGCACGCGAUUUUAAGAUAUUCCGAUUUGCUCAGAACGUCCAGAUGAAUACUUUAAGACAUUCAAUAUCGCACCGUCUAACAACCAUAAGGACGUAGCUAAUUGAAAACAAUAUUUCCGACGCUUACAUCUCCAUACAGAAAUUCAAACGUAUUAUACAAUAUUAAAAUGUAAAGUGUAAAAUGACGCGAAGAGAGUUUAUCCCAAUAAAAUACUAAAUACAUUUAAGAAAUAUUCUAAGAACAUCCGCGGGUAUCCCGAGGAUAUCCCAUAUGUACAGUCGUUAAUCAGUCUAACGACUGAAUUAAUCUUAUCCGCAAGUACAUAUUAAAUUUAUAUAGAUCAAUCUAAACGUCUUGAAAAUCCUCGAGGAUAUUAUCCGCUGGAUAUUCUUGGGACUAUAUUUUGCUAUGUAAAAAGAGUGAUAUUGGAAAAUCGUGCUAGUUUAUUGAUAUCUGUUCAAUCGAAAACAGAAUGGUACAAUUGAAAAGCGAGAUGUAAUUCAAUAUCUGUCUCUUUAAUGCGUAUCUAUACCGGCCAAAUGGACGACGACGCGUCGUGAUAAGGCAUUGCGAGGCAAAAAGAAUAUUCUUUUUCGCUUCGCGAGCGAAAGAAUUUGCGAUGAGUUUGAAAAUCGAUUCAAGAGCACUAGUUGUCAAUUCAUGAGCGCGCAUCACAAAACUAACAACGCACCGUCUGUCUUUUCCUUGCGUUUGCGUAAUUCCCUGAAUGUUGCGACUCAUUGCUUUACGUCUGCGAUUGCGUGUCGUAAAAUACAAAGAUUAUGAAGAGAAAACGCGUUACGACACAUUUAUUUUUAUAUCAAAUGCAGUAAUGACGGAUCGUUUAAUUGUUUAUUUGUAAAUAUCUUUUGUAUAUAUUUUUUAAAUAUUAGGAAUAAUUGACUAAUGUGAUUGUCCAACGAUUUGAAUAAAAUAUUUAUUACUGUGUA